CUGUGAUAUCCAUAGUGAUGGUGGUCAAAAAAGUUCCAGGCAGUCCCGAUGAGUCCCAGCCUGGCCGGGCAAAGGCGCGAGAGCCGCGGGAAGCGCACCAUGCCAGGGACGCGGCUGCUCCUCAGCCUGGCUCUCCUCGGCGGCUGCACGCAGCUCCUGGCCGAGGCCAGCUCCUGGUGGUCCUUGGCUAUGAACCCAAUCCAGAGACCUGAGAUGUACAUCAUCGGAGCCCAGCCGGUGUGCAGCCAGCUGCCAGGGCUGUCCCCGGGCCAAAGGAAGCUGUGCCAACUUUACCAGGAGCACAUGAUGUACAUUGGUGAGGGGGCCAAGAAUGCCAUCAAAGAGUGCCAAUACCAGUUCCGGCAGAGGCGGUGGAAUUGCAGCACGGUAGACAACACGUCUGUGUUCGGCAGGGUCAUGAGCAUAGGUAGCCGAGAGACUGCAUUCACCUAUGCCAUCAGCGCCGCAGGGGUGGUAAACGCCAUCAGCCGUGCCUGCCGCGAGGGGGAGCUCUCCAGUUGUGGCUGCAGCCGGACAGCCCGUCCAAAGGACCUGCCUCGGGACUGGCUAUGGGGUGGAUGCGGUGACAAUGUGGACUAUGGCUACCGAUUUGCCAAGGAGUUUGUGGAUGCCAGGGAGAGGGAGAGGAACUAUGCCAAGGGAUCAGAGGAGCAGGCCCGCACACUCAUGAACCUACAGAACAACGAGGCGGGUCGCAGGGCAGUGUAUAAACUGGCUGACGUUUCCUGCAAGUGCCACGGUGUCUCUGGUUCCUGCAGCCUCAAGACCUGUUGGCUGCAGCUGGCCGACUUCCGUAAAGUGGGCGACCUCCUCAAAGAGAAGUACGACAGCGCCGCCGCCAUGAGGAUCAGUCGCAAGGGCAAGCUGGAGAUGGUGAACAACCGCUUUAAUCCGCCGACUCCGGAGGAUCUGGUCUACGUCGAUCCCAGCCCUGACUACUGCCUGCGCAACGAGACCACGGGCUCGCUGGGCACCCAGGGCCGGCUGUGUAAUAAGACCUCGGAGGGCAUGGACGGCUGCGAGCUGAUGUGCUGUGGCCGGGGCUACGACCAGUUCAAGAGCGUGCAGGUGGAACGCUGCCACUGCAAAUUCCACUGGUGCUGUUACGUCAAGUGUAAAAAGUGCACAGAGAUUGUCGAUCAGUAUGUCUGUAAAUGAAAGGCCUGCGAGAGCUAGAAUUCUAUAUUAUAUAAAUCUAUAUAAAUAUAUUUUAUAUAUUUGUAUAAAAAAUAGAUGGUGA